GCCCUGAAGAAAGGUAUAAAGAGACAGAACUUUGAUUCACAAGGGAUUCAAUCUAAAAUGGAGACUCAUCGUCGUUUGUUCAAAGAGUUUUUAAGUAAAAGUUAUAUUAAUGGUUUGCAACUUUUGGUUUAUCAAUCACCUGUACGCUAUGCAAAAACACUUUGGUUAAUCUUUCUGGCUGUUAUUGUGAUAUGGACUCACAUUAUUAUUGUGAAUCUCACACAGGAGUAUCUAGUGCAACCAACUGAAAUACACAUGUCACCCAAUUUGGUUCAUGUAUCGAAUAGCCCAUUUCCGGCUAUUGGUGUUUGUACAGCAAAUAAAAUAAGUAAAAGUCUACUCAAGAGUUAUGCCAUCAAAAUCUAUCAACAACAACAACAACAGGCGAUAAAUUCUAGUGACUCCCCGCAGUUGGCCCUAAAUGCCGACGACAUGGCUCAACGUUUACUUGUACUCACUGAAUUCUAUUUAAAUCCACACGAUGAACCCCAGUUGGAUAACUUGGAGUUAACACAACUCCAUUGGCUACUCUCCAGCUAUUACAAUGAUACUGAGUACUCGGUGCGGGAUAUCUUGCGUCACUUAUCACCCGAUUGCAGUGAACUGGUAAUCAGAGGCAUUGUCUUUGGUGCCCCCGUGAAUACCAGCCAAUUGUUUAUCAAACGUCCCACAUCGACUAGUGUGUGCUGCAUAUUUAACUAUCACAGACGCAGUUACUCCCGGAUUGAAGCUCAGCGUGCUGAGGAUGAUGCAGAAAUGUCAGCUGUACCCAAUGUGGUCUUUGAAUCCAAUUCCAUAUUGAAUAGUGUUCAAUUUGUGUUACAAGAUAUGCCGGAGGACGAAUAUACCUAUACUUACUUGAGCAAUAAUGCCUUUCAGCUUAAAAUUUUUCCCCAAGAGGAUUACGCUUCUGUACAGUCGACAGCGUUGGGUGAAAUUUUGGUUGAUCAUAAUACAAUUGUGGAAAUACCCAUACAACCUAAAUUCUUUGAUGCCAGCGAAUCAUUACGUCAUAUAUCGCCACAAACGCGUUAUUGCUAUUAUCCCGAAGAGGGUAGACACCUUUUGAACCAAUCCUAUUACUCCUUGGAUGAGUGUCUCUUGUUUUGUCGGGUGGAAAGCAUGUUGAAUCAUUGCGGUUGUGUCUCACCGCCCAUGGCUGGUAGUGCUAUUAAUUUAAAAUUUUGCACUCUACCCGAUUUGCCAUGCCUCAUGAAGUGGAAAAAGAUCUGGUAUGGUUACAAUGAGUUUUCCUAUGUAGAUGAUGGAAUCGAUCAAGCAGCCCAACGGCAAUGCGAACAAUGUUUGCCCACCUGUGAUGGCGUUUCCUUUGAUAUAACCAGCAAUGUUGCACCUUUAAGAAAUAUAAUACGACCCACGGGUUAUCUAACAGGAUUAUUGAAAGGCUUGACCAACAAGCGUCCUUUGGCCAUUAUAAAACUCUAUUUUAAAUUGCGCUUCGCUCAAGAAACGAAAACGGAAAUUGUCAGCACUUGGGUAGUUCUAUUAAAUCGUUUUGGUGGCAUUCUUUCUCUGAUGUAUGGUUUCAGCAUUGUUAGUUAUAUAGAAAUUGUCUAUUAUCUAACGGGCAAAUGGUUUGUUUACAUUUUCAGAGCGUUUCAUAGUAAAAAAGUAUUCAUAAAUAAGUCCUUAUUGCCCACGAACUUAUUAUACUGGCAAGAAGUAGUACCAAAGGGACUAAAAUAUCCUUUAAAUCUACAAGAAAUGCAACAUAUAUAGAAGCAAUCAAAAUGUUUCAAAUGAAGGCUAUUAAAACUCAUAGAUAAUACAAUAAGUUAUAAACUAUACUAUAUAAAACACAUUUGAAAUGGAAGAUAAUAUGUAUGUAAAAGAAUUUUAGUUGAAUUUAUACACAUUAUAGAAACUGAUAGAGGAAGGUAGAUAGAUCUGCAUGGUUCAUAAACCCUACUCAAAAACAGAUUUGAAAUUGAAUCCAAU